CACUAAAGAAAGAUAGAAAUAUGAUUGAAUCAAUUUAUGUCAAAGUAUUGAUCAAAUUUCACAAUUUGACAAUUGACAACAAAAUCUGACGUAAGACGUUUAGUAAUCAAGGUAGUUUUUAUUAUUAUUAAAAAGAAAACAGGAAAUAAAAGUCCAAACAAGAAGAUUACCAGGAACUAAAAGUAAAAUGUAUAAUCAAAAAAUGUUUCAACGUUAUUUGAAUACCUAAACUCCACUUUAUCCAAAAUAUGUCUUAAAGUAAAAUGGAACUUAAAGUUUGGGUGGAAGGUAUACAACGUAUAGUAUGUGGCGUUACAGAAACAACGACCUGCCAAGAUGUUGUCUUUGCCCUUGCCCAUGCUACUGGCAAAUCGGGAAGAUUUACUCUUAUUGAAAGGUGGAGAAAUAACGAAAGACAACUGUCUCCUCAUGAAAACCCUAUGAAAAUUAUUAUGAAAUGGGGAGAAUAUUCAAAUGAUGUUCAGUUUAUCUUACAACGUAGUGACAGCGUUAAAACUGUUCAACCCACCAAAAUUAAAAGUUCUGGUGGUGGUAGUAGUAGCAGCACACCAACACAUAAUUCUAGUGGGUUAGAUUCUUCUGAUCAGCAGAAGGAUGUAAAUAAAUCAUUCAGUGGUAGUUUUUUACCAAAUUAUGAAAAUGUGGGAAUAGUCAAGGGAAUUCCACAAAUGAAACCCGUUUCUUUGGAAGUAAGAGAAUCUCUUUCAAAUUCAUCAAGCAGUUCUCCAAAAAAACGAAACUAUUCCAUAUCUGGUUCUGAUAUCUCUGAUAAUUCUAGUCAAAGGGUAGCCCCUCCCUAUAAAGAUCCUCCUGCCCCGCCCCCCUAUAGGAAUCCACCGGCACCCAGCUCUGCCAUUUAUCAAGAUAAAUUUAAAAAGGAACAAAUAAAAAAAGAUAAAGAUGAGAAUAGGAACAAAAUUCAAGAUAGUGUUUUAUACAAUGCUCAAUAUCGAGAGUUAGUAGCUCUUAUUAACUAUCAAAGAGAUAAAUUGUCAAGUCAACAAGCUGAUCUAAAUAAGUUCGAUGCUGAAAUUGUAUUUUUAGAAAACAAAGAAAGAGAAAAGCAAAGACAGUUGGAUUUCAUAGCUCAGGAAAUUUUAGCAAUAACAAAUGUUAGCAAAAACAACCAAGAACAAAUGCAAGCUCUAAGUUAUGUAGAAGAAGAGAGUGAAAUUGUAAAACAACAAGAAAAAACACUUCAGUCUGAAAUAACUUUAUUGAGAUCAAAAUUAGCAAACUGUGAAACAGAAUUGUUGCAAUGUAAAAAUAAAAUAAGAUUGUUAAUGGAUGAAGUCCAAAUGGAACAAAGAUCUCAAAGUCGAAGGCAAGAAUCUCUCAAACAAUUAGAACGAAACAUACUGUUAGAAGUAGAAAGAUUACAAAAAGAUAUUGAAUUAGCAAAGCAAAGUGCUGAUUUACACCAUUUAACUGCAGAAACAUUAAAACGUGAAGUUGCUUCACUGGAAACCGCAAUCCACGAAAAGAAAAAGCAAGUAGAACACUUGGUACAUGAGAUGAAAGAAGCAAACCUUGAGAGUCUCAGUAUAGUACCCCCAGAGGAUAUUAGGCAAAUUUUGGAGGGUCCCACGAAAUCUGGAAGUACAAGGCGAAUGAUUGGCUCCCCAAGGCAGCUUGAAAAUGCUGUACCAACGAAUAAGAAUCCACACGGCGUUUGGGUUUAGGUACUUCUCAUUUAAUCUGUACUAAUAAAAAUAAUUUACUAUCAACAUAUUAUUGAUAAUGUUUAAACCACUCAGUGCACAAAAAUAUGUCUUAAUUUACACAUGCAACCAAAACGUUUUCUAAAUUAGUAUUUUGAGUGAUAUAGGAUAAUAAAGGAUGCAUGUAUUGUCAAUAGCUUGGUCGAAAAAGGCAUAUCUAACAAAAUCGAGUUUUGAGAUAAUCGAGAAUUUGUACAAAAAAUUCUUUUUAUAAUUCAAAAUUUGCUAGAGUAUUCCAAAAAAGCAAU